CAUUCUGAUGUUUAUGAAUGUAUUUUAUUUUUUAAUCACUUUGAUCUAGAUUAGUGCUGCAAGUACUAAUUACUUUCGUUAGUGAUCCGUCUGACCAAUAAAACUACUAAAUGUUUUCCAGUGAACUUGAUACUGUUGUUACAGAAUGACCAAGUUAUGUUAUAUAUUUUUAGUAUCGGGUGUAGUAGUGUGUUCUUACUGGCUUCAUUAAAUGUACAUUUUAUUUGAACUAUUUUGAUAGCAUUUGUUACAUGUUGACCUUUUACAUCCACUAGGUCAGGUUGGACUGAGAAACCCAGCCAAAAAAACAGCUGGAAAUCCUGCAACAUUCAGAUUAUUAUUCCUGAUGCCGUGGGAAAACCAACCGGCAUCAUUUAGGUAGCUGACAAGCCUUCGUGUAAGUGGUCUGUUGAGAAAAUGUUACUGUGUGAAGCAGCUAUCUUUAAGCCUUGUUAGGUAAUUUAGUUGUUUUAUUAGCUGCCCUUCUUUUUCCUGUUUCCUUAGUAUUGCCACAUUUAUUCUUUUAAAAUGCAAGAAAAUGCAUAUCAUCAGGGCCAGUUGUUUUCCACUUGACCUGACAUGUCCUGAAAAUUAGGCUGUUUACUCAUGAAAGAUGUUGGCUAGAGAUGGGAAAAUGAUGUCUCUGCCAAAUCCCCUUUUUUCUCAGUGUUGAAGCAGAUACAUAGUUACAGGUAGAUGUAUUGAAGUAUAAAAUUUCACAUAGAUUUUAUUUAAACCUUAUUUAAUCUUAAAGACAGUGUCAGCAGUAGCUACAUUUUAUUUUACACCUGCAGUAUAUGAAAAUAAUCUGUGUAUGUUUAUUUCUGCUUCUUUUACUUAUUACUUUUUUGCAGGGACUGGAUAGAUACCUGAGUUAAGGUACUGCGUUUGUGCCAUAAACAUGAACAUUGAUUUCCUCGACUCUUUAUUUGCAUAAAAACUACACCUUUUGCUCAGUUAGUGUUCUAUUUACCUGAUAAAGUAAUGAUUGAUGAACUGGUAAACAUGUUACACAUCUCUUGAAAUAUUUUCACCCAGAAAGAAUCAAUCUUCUUCAACAAUCUUCUGACUUCUAUUUAAGAUUUUAUUUAUUUAUUUAUUUUAAUUCAAAUAAAAUAUUGGUAAUACACUGUCAGAUUGCCAUCAGUGCCCAUUUUGGGAGGUUGAUUGUGUAAUUGUUGCCUGUUGAAAUGACCUCCUGGCUCUGUUUGCUGUGUUAUGGUGACCUGGCACUCAAACACAGCACAGUUAUCGAUUGGGCUACGUCUUUAAUUUGUUUAUCCUUAUUUUGAACCUUACUGCUGUUCCCAUUGUGUCCAUUGAGGUUUAUGUCUGAGAAUCAGAGACAGAUGAGAGAGUCGAACACUGAGAGGGAGAGAGAGAGACGACUCACAGACCCUGAAUCACACGUCAGAUAUGAGCAGGAUUCAUAUGUAAGAGCUCCUUCAUAUUAAUGGACAUGUAUUUCUAGGAGUAAAAGAGGAAAAGGCUCUGAUGGCAAAAACCCUGUUGGAGGUUGGGAGGAGUCUUUUUGGAUGUGUCUGUUUUUUACUGGGUGGGUGGAAGCUCCAGGCAGAUAGAGCAGUGGAACUGGAGGAAAAGUGGACCCUUCAAGUUGUCUAACAGGCUAAAGUAAAGCAGGGAGGACAGAGCCCGGAACAGAGCAGGCAGCCUUGCGGAUCACUACUCAGACCCAGGAUCAGCUCAGAACUGGAGAGCCUCUCCCCACAACGUCUGUCGUCUCCGCCACGCGCCCCCCUAGUUGACAUGUACCCCGAAGAAACCCGGGGGUCUGGAGGGGUAGCCACUGUGGACUUCCUGGAAGGUACGUACGACUAUGCCGCCCCCACCCCUGCCCCGACUCCUCUCUACAGCCACUCCAGCACUGGCUACUACUCUGCACCUCUGGACGCACAUGGACCCCCCUCUGAUGGAAGCCUUCAGUCCUUGGGCAGCGGGCCCACCAGUCCACUUAUCUUUGUGCCCUCCAGCCCCCGCCUCAGCCCCUUUAUGCACCCACCCAACCACCACUAUCUGGAAACCACCUCGACUCCCAUCUACAGGUCUGGGGCACCGUCCAGUCAGCAGCUGUCUUCCAGAGAUGACCAGUGUGGCUCUACUGAUGAGUCCUUCAGCGUGGGCGAGUCUGGAUCUCGGGCCGGGUCUGGGGGGUUUGAGAUGGCCAAGGAUACACGAUUCUGUGCCGUGUGCAGUGAUUAUGCCUCUGGGUACCACUAUGGGGUGUGGUCUUGUGAGGGCUGCAAGGCCUUUUUUAAGAGGAGCAUCCAGGGUCACAAUGACUAUAUGUGCCCAGCAACCAAUCAGUGCACUAUUGACAGGAAUCGCAGGAAGAGCUGCCAGGCGUGUCGUCUCAGGAAAUGUUAUGAAGUGGGCAUGAUGAAAGGAGGCGUUCGCAAAGAACGUGGUCGUGUUUUACGGCGUGAUAAACGGCGGACGGAGAGAGACAAAUCCUCUAAAGACUUUCAUCACAAAACAUCGCCACAUCUGGACGGGAGGAAACACUGCAGCGGUGGAGGAAAGUCUUCUGUGACCGCGAUGCCUCCCGAUCAGGUUCUCCUCCUUCUCCAGGGAGCCGAGCCACCCAUACUGUGCUCCCGUCAGAAGCUGAGCAGGCCCUACACGGAGGUCACCAUGAUGACACUGCUCACCAGCAUGGCCGACAAGGAGCUGGUCCACAUGAUCGCAUGGGCCAAAAAGCUUCCAGGGUUCCUGCAGCUCUCCCUCCAUGACCAGGUGCAGCUGUUGGAGAGCUCGUGGCUGGAAAUUUUGAUGAUCGGGCUCAUCUGGAGGUCCAUCCACUGCCCUGGAAAACUCAUCUUUGCACAAGACUUGAUCCUGGACAGAAAUGAGGGUGACUGUGUGGAGGGAAUGGCUGAGAUCUUCGACAUGCUGCUGGCCACCGCUUCCCGCUUCCGCAUGCUCAAACUUAGACCUGAGGAGUUCGUCUGUCUCAAAGCGAUCAUCUUACUCAACUCUGGUGCCUUCUCUUUCUGCACCGGUACGAUGGAGCCUCUACAUGACAGCGCAGCAGUGCAGAACAUGCUGGACACCAUCACCGACGCCCUCAUCCAUCACAUAAGCCAGUCAGGAUGCUCGGUGCAGCAGCAGUCGAGGCGUCAGGCACAGCUGCUCCUCCUGCUCUCCCACAUUAGGCACAUGAGUAACAAAGGCAUGGAGCAUCUCUACAGCAUGAAGUGCAAGAACAAAGUGCCUCUGUAUGAUUUGCUCCUGGAGAUGCUGGACGCCCACCGCCUCCACCGACCUGUCAGACCCAUGCAGACCUGGUCUCAAGCCGACAAAGACCCUCCCUCCACCACCAGUACCACCAGCACCAGCAGCAGCAGCAGUGGUGGGUCCACCUCAGCCGGUUCCAGUUCUGGGCCCAGAGGCAGCAGCGUUGGCCCCAGCAGAGCCCCUCCAGGCCCGGGGGUGCUGCAAUAUGGAGGGUCUCGCUCCUCUGACUGCACCCACGUUCUAUGAGAUGGAGCAUCAGCCACCACCUGAAGGUCAAAUACAUACCAUAAUUUAUUUUUAUGGAUGGUGUGUGUAGUUUGGAAGGGCUCGAAUGACAAGACGUGUACUAGAAUCCCUUUUAUGAGCUGAUUAUUUAUAAAUUAAGUGAUUUUCUAGUUGUAGGUGUUGGUAGUUAGAGAUUAUUCCAGCAGCAGCAGGUCUUCUUUUGCACUGUUCUAAUUCACUGCAGUCUGAGCUUCAAUGCAGUUAUUGUUCAUUCUGCUUUUCAUUAUAUCUGUGAUUAUGGCUUUUAUGGCUCUACAGCGCAGCUUUUCCAAAAGGUGUUAAGUCAUAUCGUCCGCUACUGUAUUUGAAAAUGACGAGCAGCUAAUUUUUCAUUUUAUUGCCUUGACCAAAGUGCACUUCUGGGUUUAAGGGGCUAAUGGGCAUUAUUUACACUAUAUUUAAGGGAUAAUUGCACUCUAAUCUACGGUAAACCCUAUGAGAAAACCUGAUAAAUACAUGUGUAAUCUUUGCACAGUUUUCAUGGGGAAAAAAAUUUAUCUGUUUAAAAAAAAAAAGAUCAAAUCAACAACUGACAAAGUAAUGAGAGAAACAAAGCUUCAUUGUUGGUUAACAGCGCUUUUCUUCUACCAUAGGUUUGUUCUCUGUGCUUCAUGCACCAAAGUUUUUCUGAAUUAGUUUUUACUUAAGCAUGUGUGUGUUUUUGGGCAAAGGACUGACAGUAUUUGAGGCACUGAGCUGAUAAAAAUGAUUGAGGUGUGGCUGCAGCUGCAAACAUGUAAAAGCUUCAACCAGUAAAAUAUUCAUCCUCUAAUGAUGUGAUUAUAUGUUAAAUCUGACUGGAUUUACACAUCCUGAAAACCCUGUAUGUCAUAAGAUAAUUACAAACUGUGAGUGUUAACAAAUAGAAGGAAUUAGAUUAGAAAUAGACACAAAAAUCAUUUGUAACGAUCAACCUCAAAAUGUCAAAUACUGAAAAUUGUCCGACCUUCUAAAGAUGAAGAUAAUGUCUUUAAGCUGCUUUUUCAUCCAAUUAACAAAUGUAUUAAACUUUAAAACUAAUCAUCUAUCAUAUUGAGUUCUAAGCUGUGUGUAAUAUUUCACAGAGCAGCUUUACAAAUGCAUUGGAUUUGUGGGAAAUCUCACUUUAAGUGUAGAAUUAGAUAAACACAGGGAUAUAUUUGCUCAACAAAACCUUUUCUAAAACUUCAAUUCAGGUUCCUAAAAUUACAUCUGGCCACUUAACUUGAGUGUAAAUCCAGUCAAGCCUGCCCAGACUGUCAUUUGUUUACUGUGCAUAAAAAUAAAAUCCUUAACUGGCAAAAUGUUGUUCUUUAUCAACGUUUUUGACAGUUAAACUCGAGGUCAAAGAGUCGUUAGAAAACAACAGGGUAAAUAUUUCAGGUUUUAUUUUUUUGUAAAGAGUCAGCAUUAGCAAACUGUACAUACAUAAAUAACCAUUUUCAUAUUUCUUUUUUUUUUUUUUGUAACAGAUUCUGGUUUAACAACGCAGUGAUUCUGAUGUGUCAUCACAGCGGAAUAAUUCUUACCAUUAUUACAAAGCACACUAUCUGAAUAUCACAGCCGUCAACUUAAACACUACCAGUGAUUGUUUGGCUUCUUAAAAGCAAAGGGACUUUUAAGUGCAUGCUCAAACAGAUAAAAAAAUAACUGCCCUGCCCUAUAUUUAAAGGGCAUUUCAACAUUAAUAUACAAAUUACUUAUUCUGAACAAGAGAUCUCAUAUGUGUUUUUUCCCACAUAUUUAUCCCCAGAUGAUUAAAUACUGAAGUUAAAAACAGGAAUAGAAGCCUUGGCUUUUGGGGAAAGAAGUCGGCCAUCUUGGCUGGACGGCUUCAGUGCAGUACCUUCAACAGUGCUCUCAGUGCUUUAGCUUCAGAAUUCAGCAUCAAACGAAGACUUCAUUUCCAACUUUUUAGCAGAGAUGUGUGGAG